AUGGUUACCAUGGAACAUCAUAUUUUACUUCGAUUGCAAUUGUUCAAACCACUUAUCAAAGACCUUAAUGCUUACAUACCACCCACAACACGCAACAGAUCAGCUGCUCUCCAACUAGAUAUUACAUCAGAUACUACCACUGCAGCAUCCCCAAAACGCAAGACAACUGAUUACCGGACAGGCAGUAAGCCCAAAGCCGCUAAUGCUACAGCCCUAACAGUAGCUCCUAAAGCAAUUGAUGUUCGCCCUACUGCCGAGGAAAUUGAGCAGAAGAAGCAGCAAAUAAUUGAGGAAGAAAUUCAAGAAGAAAAGAAAAGAAAGCAGCAAGACAGGAAAAACGACAACAAAAGAAGAAACAAAUUGCGUGAUGAGGCCUAUUAG